UGCGACUCUUGCCAGCCAAUCCUAACGCUCCUUCCCCUUCACGAGACUAACUGUUACUAUUUGCCUGCGCAACGUGUUGAACGCGACAUCCAUUCCACAGACUAGUUAUUUUCUUUUAAUCCUGUGAAGGCGAAAACCAGAGUCGUUCUGCCAUUAAUGCAUUCUUCCACUUCCUGGGUCCACCCUUCUCCUCCUCGUCUCUUUUUUGCCCUCCGUUUAUAAUAUCAUCUUUCUUGGCACCUUUUGGAGAUACGCCCUUGAAUGUUUCAGCACUCUGGCGACACCAUGACCCCCCCGGAUAUGCCGAAGAAGCUUAAGCGCUUUAUUCCUCUCGAACCCACUCUUGGAAUAUUGAGCUUCUUGUUGAUCGCCUCUCUCUUCAUCGUCUGCUUCUUCUACCUGGAUUUCCAGUCUAUCUUUAGGGGGAUACACUCUGGAGGACUGGUUUCCCUGGGAUGGGGUACUUUAUCCUUGUCUUCUUCUUCCUCUUCUUCGUCUUCUCCGUUGAUCGGGGAUUCUCGCCCCGAAUUUCUCCAGCGAGAUGGUGAUAGUUGUGACGUGUUUGAUGGAAAUUGGGUUUGGGAUGAGAGCUAUCCGCUGUAUAAUUCCACUGUUUGUUCCUUCAUGGAUCAAGGUUUUCGGUGCAAUGAGAAUGGCAGGCCUGAUAGCAUCUACACCAAGUGGCGCUGGCAGCCCAGAGACUGCAAGUUGCCCAGAUUUGAUGCAGGGAAGAUGUUGGAAAUGUUUAGGAACAAGCGUAUUGUAUUUGUUGGUGACUCAAUAGGAAGGAACCAAUGGGAAUCACUCCUUUGUUUGCUCUCUUCUGCAAUUCCCAACAAAACCUCCGUGUAUGAGAUUAAUGGAAGUCCAAUCACAAAGCACAUAGGGUUCUUGGCAUUCAGGUUUGGAGAUUUCAACUGCACUGUGGAAUACUACAAAUCACCAUAUCUGGUGGUGCAGGGCAGGCCUCCUCGUGGAGCACCCACGAAUGUAAAAAUGACUUUGAGAAUUGAUCUCAUGGACUGGACUUCUCACCGUUGGAGAGAUGCAGAUCUGCUCGUUCUUAAUGCUGGGCAUUGGUGGAAUUAUGAGAAGACUGUAAGAAUGGGAUGUUAUUACCAAAUAGGGCAGGAAGUGCAGAUGAAUAUGACUAUAGAAGAGGCAUUCAGGAGAUCAAUGGGGACAGUAACUAACUGGAUUGCUAGUGAAGUAAACAUGAACAAGACUUUCGUCCUUUUCCGAACUUAUGCUCCUGUGCAUUUCAGGGGUGGUGACUGGAAUACUGGUGGAGGCUGUCACUUGGAAACCCUGCCUGAUUUAGGUCCCUUGCCAGAUUAUCAUGAUAGCCAUGUCGAAAUUGUCUUGGAUGUGUUAUCAGGGCACUUGAAUAAAUCGAAAGUGACGAAUUUGGACUUGUUAAAUAUCACUCAAAUGACAUUACGCAGAAAGGAUGGCCAUGCUUCGAUUUACUAUCUUGGACCUGAUAAGGGUACCGCCCCUCUGCGGAGGCAAGAUUGCAGCCAUUGGUGCCUUCCUGGUGUUCCUGAUUCAUGGAAUGAGAUUCUCUAUGCACUUCUCCUUAAACGGGAGACACACCGCACAAUAAAUGCAACAAGAGUUUCCCAAGUUUGAUUGUAAUUUCUCUGGAAAGCUUGCUCUGGUAUACAAAUUUUUUUUCCAAUUUUCUUCAUGCUGCCUUCAUUAUGAUGGGUGAGUACUGUGAAGCUGGAUUGAAGUUGGGUCUUGCGAGCUCAGCCACAUCAGUGGUCGAUACAUCUACACAUGUUGGUUUGCCUUAUAUCCUAACGAUUUCUUCACCCUUGUUGGAGUAGUCUCUAGCACUAUACGUCAACACACCACCACACUCAUAUGAAAUUAUAUGCGGGAUGAUGAAUUUAAGGGACAGCCUAUGAAAGAAGUUUCACUGAGAAGCCAUAUUGAUAGAUCAGAAAACACAUGCAGGUCUUUGUAAAUUUCAAAAGUUGUAAAUUUUCAAAUACAUAGAAGAAUGAUGAACAUUGAGUCUUUGAUGUAGCGGAUUUUUCACCGUAUACAGGUUUAUAUACUUGUACUAGAUCUUAUGGCCAUUUGUUGUCAUACAGGGGAACGCAAGUGUAAUUAUGUAAAUACUUCAGAAAAAAGAGUAUGUGGGGUUUGGUUUUGACUUUUA